UCCUGAAUCUACGUCGACGUUUGUAACUGAGCGAAUAGCACAUGACAAAUUGACAAUAUUCUAGUUUCACUUCCUAGUGCUGGUUCCCUGAACUUAUAACUUGUCCACCUUGGCAAACUCCGGGCAGAUUCAACCCGCCCUAUAAAAAUUAUUUUAAAUAGUAAAGGAAAUGCUUUAUGCUUAUUAUCUGAGUUAAACUCUGCAAAGCACUCUGGUACUACAUUUCCUGAUAAUUUUCGAAUGAUAAGUGAUAGAACCCCACUUCAAUGUAAAUUGUUCCGUUCCUGUUAUAUGGAGCUUGAAUAAAGAACUAAAGAUGGUGAAUCUGGACUACGUAUAAAUUAUGAAGAUGGAUUGCCAAAAGUUGUUGUCAAUCAUUCAAAAAACGGAAGAUUAUGCCAACGGCAAGCAGUCAUCCAUUCUUAGCAACAUCUCUAUGUAAUGGCUCAAUAUCUGGAUUCUAUCAGAACUGCCGUGGUUUAAGGAAAAAAAUAUUUAACUUUAACUGGUGCCGAAAAAUCCUCAUCGAGGUCGCAAAAGAUGUGAAACAAUAAUUUCUGUUAAACAGUACCAGUUUCGAGACUGCAGUCGAAGAACGCGAAUUUUAAAGCGCAGAAAACGGAAAUUCUUCCAGAUUAAUCAAGGGAAACUCAAAUUCUAUAAGCGAUAGCCCAUUGAAAUGUGUUAUAAAAAUUAUGAACAGUCUAAUCGAAAAAGAAAAUUCAUCAAAAUGUAUGGUUGUAGUGAUGUCUAAAUUUGCAAAAUACAAACGCCGUGUAAGACGACCAUAUCCACUUGAAGAUCAUGAUCCUAAUUCACAGGACAGUGGUUCUCUUACUGCUCAUUCAGAUGAUUAUAAAUCAGUGUCAACAUUAUCUGACAGCAAUACAUCAUUUACAGAUGAUUCAGAUGAUGAAUUCUUAGACAUUGCUGUAUCCCCAACAGAAUCGUCUCCAGAUUCACUUCUACUUGGAUUCAGUACAUUAAUAGAAGGAAAUAAUAUUAGCCAGUCAUCAAUUAUUGUUAAAAGAAAAAUUACUAAAUAUUCUUCAGAUACUCCUCGCAAGACUGAUUUAUUGUUUGGUGGUAUUAAAAAUAAUGAAGCAGUUGUGAGAAAAAGAAAGUUGACACGUGAUUUAGAAUCAAAUUCUGAAAUUAAUGUAUUAUUAAAGAAAACUAGACCUAGUACGAAAUCUAAACCGGUCGAGAGAAGUUAAGGGACUAAUAUUGUCAACAUCAGCACAUAUUAAAAUUGAUCAAGUUNUCAA